CGCCACCCCACUUGCUGCAGCCGCCACUGCCCCCCGCGAUCGCUGCCGCCCGCGAUCACUGCCUCCCGCAGCUCUGAGACGCUCCCUGCAGCCGGGACCGGUCAGCUGCCCCGUCUCCCGGCCGACUGUGAACUUGCAGAGGACCGCAGCUCUCCCGGCCUGGGGAGCGAACAGGAUUGUGGACUCUUCCAAGAUUUACAAUGAUACAGUGAAUCCAAAGCCUGGGACCAAGACCAUUUGCACAGAUACUUAGUUUCAAAAACAGCAAGUUCUAUCAACACCCAUCAUGGCUAAAAGUGCAGAGGUCAAACUGGCAAUAUUUGGGAGAGCAGGAGUGGGCAAGUCAGCUCUUGUAGUGAGAUUUCUGACCAAAAGAUUCAUCUGGGAAUAUGAUCCCACUCUCGAGUCAACCUACCGACACCAAGCAACCAUUGACGACGAAGUUGUUUCCAUGGAGAUCCUAGAUACUGCUGGUCAGGAAGAUACCAUCCAGAGGGAAGGACACAUGCGGUGGGGAGAAGGCUUUGUGCUGGUCUAUGACAUUACUGACAGAGGAAGUUUUGAAGAAGUGUUGCCACUGAAGAACAUCCUAGAUGAGAUCAAAAAGCCCAAGAACGUGACUCUCAUCUUGGUUGGAAACAAAGCUGACUUGGACCACUCCAGACAAGUGAGUACAGAAGAAGGGGAGAAACUGGCAACAGAAUUAGCAUGUGCUUUUUAUGAGUGCUCUGCCUGCACUGGGGAAGGCAACAUCACAGAAAUAUUCUAUGAGUUGUGCCGAGAGGUGCGUCGCCGGAAGAUGGUGCAGGGCAAGACGAGGCGACGCAGCUCCACCACACACGUCAAACAAGCCAUCAAUAAGAUGCUCACCAAAAUCAGUAGUUAAGCUCCUCUGUUCUUCCAGAGGCCCUGCCAAGGCAGGUUGGGUAAUUGGCAACCCUUUCUUGCUCUUCUUUUUCCCUUCCAAAAAUGAGUCUGGGAAAUGCCUGGGCUUCCCAUUGUUCUCCGUCUCUCAUAUGUUGGGAAGUUUUAGAGUGUCUUAUGCAAUUUUAGUGCUGACAAUUUCUCUCUUUACUGAUUGCAUAAGGUCCAUUGUAAUGUAGUCUGAGGGU